UAGAUUUAGUUUGCGGUCACACUCAUUGUUACACGUGCUGUCAGCAACUUGUCAACUUUGUUAUUUGCUUGUGUUUUUAUUUCGGUUAAAUCAUGGCCGGCGAUGGGAGCGGGUCCGAUUCUGGUAGUGACUAUGAAGUGGAACUGUAUAUACAGCCGAAGAGAGUGAGGAAAACAGUAAACGAUGAUUCUGCUGAUCUACUGGGCAACUUUGAUGACGAGAAACGUAAAGAGAUCUUUGAAGGCACAUAUGUGGACAAGGAUGCCAAGAACCCCAGCGAUUCUGAUAGCAGUGACGCCGAGAACGAAGACCACCCAGAUGACGACAAUGAGGUAGAUGACACCAAACAAGCGGAGCAAAAGGUUGCAGAUGGCAGCGAAGGCUCUGCGGACGAGGAAGAAGAAACCAAUGCUGAUGGACAUAUAACCACUAAUCAAUUGAAUAGUCUAUUGCGUGGUGCCUCGAAAUUAAACAGACACGUACUCUACGUUACAAAUCUCAACUUUGAGACGACAAAGGACGAUUUGGAGUCGCACUUUGCGAUUGCUGGUGCUGUAAAAUCCAUUAGAAUACCCAAAAAGCGACGGGGCGGAUUUGCCUUUGUGGAGAUGGAGGAUCUGAAAAGUUUCCAACAAGGAUUCCGCUUGCACAACACCGAAUUGCAGGGGCGCAAAAUCAAGGUUCAGAUAUCGGAGGCAGGCAAAAAGAAGUCCGCAAACAAGAAAAACAUCAUAAAGCAAAAAAAUCGCAAACUCGCGGAGAUGCGCAACGAACAGAAGACAUUCACAAAGAGUGGCAAAUUCUACGACAAGGAUUUGAAGAAAGAAAAGGCCAAAGAUUUGCUCGCGCGCAAGCGUUGGCGUAAAAAUCCAGCACCCAGAGGAAAAUAGAUAGAGAAGGUACAAGUGUCUACAUCAAUGUACUUUCUUAAUAGUCUCUUAGAUUGUAAAUAAAUGUAACUUAA